AUGGAGAGCGUCAUUGCGGCCCUCACAGCCUCUCAGAUAUCCAGAUUCUUUUCUGCAAACGGCCCUGAACGUAUCAUAGAACAGCCUGCCAUCCCAGCACCCGUCCAGGGUGGAACCAAUUACACCGUCAUUGCCGGAGAGUACGUUGUUCAAUUUCGUGCACCCAAUGCCGUCCUUAACUUGGAGUUCCUCGGACACGUCGAAAAGGCCUAUCACUGCUUUAUGCCAUGUCAUAGUGACUCGGGCACAUUUGGGGAACUCUUCGUCUACAAGAUGCGAAAUGUGGGAGGGGUCUCCUUGUACCUUGCCCGGGACAGUUUAUACCGGAAUGGCUGCUUCCUCUUGCAACAAACAGUAAUGGAUUUUACUCGAUUCUUUGCCUCAGCAUGGCAAAAGACCCCAAAGGCCAUUCCCGUGUCAGACCGCCGUUUGUUACACUGCAAGUACAUGACUCAGCACUCACAACUCUCAGCGGGACUCCCGGAGCGCUUUCGCCCCAUGUUGAAUCGGCUCCUCCCACGCCUCCAGUAUAUCACGGCCGUCGAGUGGCCCCUCGUGCCCAACCACAUCGACCUCCUUGAAAACAACAUCCACGUCGACCCGAGCACAGGCAAACUGACGGGUGUCUGCGACUGGGCGGGCACGGAAGUUAGUCCGUUCGGCAUGUCACUCGGCGCAGUCGAGAACAUGCUCGGGAUUCCAAAAUUGGACAGGGAAAGCGGACGGACUGACCAUGUCUACCAUGCCAACCAUCGAGAGCUCAGUGACCUGUUUUAUGACGAGUUGUAUAGUGCAAUGGGAUCCGUCUCUGACAGGGACAAGGAGUGUAUCGAGGACGCUAUAUUGGUUGGCCUCUUUCUAACCAAUGCCUGGCGGUAUGACGGAGCUGGCAACCAGCUCCCUGCCGGGGAGGAAGAGCAUGGCUUGCAACAUCUCGAUGCAGUUCUUCGGGCCACAUCCGACGGAUAUUGA